AUGUUAUCGCAAUGGAUUAAAUGCUUGGAUAAAAGACCAGAGGACCGAUCAGAUGAAGAUCUGGAAGUGAUUUACAAAAAGUUGAAAACAAUUAAACUGUUUCGUCGUAUUCAUCCAUCAAUUGUCCAACAAUUGUGUUUUGUCUCCUAUGCCGAGCAUUUAGAUAAAGGAGUUGUCCUCUAUAAGGAAGGGGAUGAAGCACUCAACUGGUAUGCCGUUAUCUAUGGCUCGCUUGAUGUCCAGGUGUCACAUACAGGAGCCAAACGCAAGGACGUGGAGACAGUAUGUACAUUAGGUGUGGGCACCGCAUUUGGAGAGUCAGUUUUAGGUGACGGCUGUCAUUCCCAUUCAAUCAUAACCCAAGAGCCGUGCACACUGUUAAGGGUCAGGCGUACCGACUUUCAGGACCUGUGGUCACAUAAGUCACAUUUGAUGCAAGAAAUUGUGGCCAAUUGUUACGAUACUAAAGCUAAACUACAUGGUAAUGGUGGUGGUACUACUUGUGCCGGUAGUAGUGGCGGUGGUAGUGGCAGUGAUGGUGGUGGUGGUGGUGGUGGUGGUGGAGGACAGUUAGCCACCGAUACCAGGCUCAGACAGUCGUCAAUUGAUUCAUUAAGUCAUAUAUCAAACAAUCAUAACAUCAGAACCAAUGGUAACGGUAUUAAUCAAUUGGUCGAUAGCUAUACUACCUGUUUAUCAUCGCUUAUUAAUACGGAAAUACCUGAAAAUGAGCCAAUGUCACCCUUAUUUAGGAUCGGUUGGACAAUACGGUCGGUCAUAUUGAAUACGGCUCAGCUGAUGAUCAGGGAUCGUAAAUAUCAUAUACCAUCUCUAUCAUCAUCGCCAUCAUCAUCAUCGACAACACUAUACCAUCGAUGUCUAAUCGGAUCCGAACUAAUCGAUUGGAUAUUGACAAUAACUGCCAACACACAGGUUAGGGUACACUCCAGGGGACAGGCAGCUGCCAUGUGCCAUGUACUAUUGGAGGCACAGGUACUUAAUAAAGUGACAACUAAUGAUAUGACAGUCGAUAAUACCGACACCAACACCACUGAUCCAACUGACCAACAGUUUAUGGAUCGAUAUAUUUUGUAUCGAUUUUGUUUCGACGAUCCAUUGGACGACCCGAUAGUAUGCGGCAAUGGCGACAAACUAGUGGUCGACUCCGAGCUUAUACAGUCAUUGCAAGCGCUGGCUGUUUUGGCACCCGAUGCCAUGUUUCGUCUAAUACUACGCAAACCGCCUACAAAACGUACGGACGAGGAGAUAGAGUCGGUCUAUGAGGAGCUCAUGCAUAUCAAAGCGCUGUCACAUCUGUCUAAUUCUGUCCGCAAAGAGUUGUCGGCAGUCAUAGCCUUUGAAUCGCAUCCUAAAAAAGCAACCAUUUUAUUCAACCAGGGCGAUUGUGGCCACUGUUGGUAUAUCAUACUAAGCGGUUCGGUAAAUGUGGUCAUUGCUGGCAAAGGUAUCGUAUGUACCCUACACGAGGGCGAUGACUUCGGUAAAUUGGCCCUCGUCAAUGAGGCGCCCCGUGCGGCCACCAUAGUGACCAAUGAGGCCAAUUGCCAAUUGCUUCGGGUAGAUAAAUCGCAUUUUGAUCGCAUACUACGGGAUGUCGAGGCCAAYACYGUACGGCUCAAAGAGCACGGCCGGGAAGUACUGAUACUGCAGAGGAUGGCCGCCGACGGUAGCCAUCGGAUGCAAUGCAAUACAUUUGCCUUUGAAUCGGGURGUCAUCAAAGUCACUACAAGUAUAUGGUUAUGGCUGGUACACCUGAAAAAAUGUUGGAGCACCUGCUUGAAACACGUUUGGAUAGUAUACAUAAUCUAUUAUCAAUGGACAACCAUCAUCAGCAUCAACAGCAGCAAAACGGUAGCAGCACUGGUAGUACUAAUGGCGGUGGCAUCGGUAGUAGUAGUAGUAGUAUAGCCAGUGGUGGUAACGGUACUAUCGAUACACUACUAUUAGAUUUUAUACUAACAUUUCCGGUGUUUAUAUCCUGGAAACAUUUAUGCAAUCAACUGAUGAGAUACUAUCGUAUUGAUGAACUGAAUCAGAGACAGGAACGGGAGUUUAUUGUAGCCAAUAAGCGACGGGUCGUACGGUUUAUGCACUAUUGGUUUCUGAUAGCCGGGGAGGCAUUCCUCCGGAAUAAGAUUGUCUGGCCGUUCAUCGAUGAUUUGGUGGAGGCCUUGCAAAAGGAUAUCCUCAAGUAUAAGACAUUUGAUAAUGAAUUGUUGACAUUGAAGACGAUUACUGAAGCAAAAUCAAUCUAUGACUUGGAAAUGGAUAUCCGUGGCGUCCAAAAAUGGAAAGCCGAUAAUCCCGGUUCCGUACGGCGUAUGUCUACCGUUCCCGAACUUAAUGCCACAAAUGAUAACAAAAACAAAUGGCUGUCCAUUAAGGAAAAUGAUGAAAUUAUAUGUCGGGUAUUUUGUGCGGAUCAUACCUAUACAACAUUGAAGAUUAAUGUCGAUACUAAAGUGGAUCAAAUCAAAUGUCAAGCAGCGGAUAAGCUCGGUAUGGAUAAAGUCAACGAACUKGUAUUGGUUGAGCUUAAAUCAAACGCUGAACGGCUACCGUUUCGCGACACCGAAAUCAGUAUACCGACCGCACUGACAGUCAACGGCCGUAUAUUUAUAGCACAUGUCGACCAUUUGGAUGCGUUGACCACAAUCGGCGAACAGGACGGCCCAGCGAAAGGAACUGCCCAUCAAUUGGAAAUGUUUUCCACUCAAGAGUUUGCCUACCAAUUGACCCAAUAUGGGUGGCAAUUGUUUCGCAAUCUAAACGAUUACGAACUAAUCUAUCAUGUUUUCGGUAGACAUAAUUUCCAGGAAAUUACCGCCAAUUUGGACAUAUUUUUGAGACAUUUCAACGAAAUCCAGUACUGGACAGUAACGGAAUUGGUUAUUGAAAAAUCGUUGUCCCGUCGGGUACAGCUGCUGAGGAAAUUGAUCAAAAUUGCCGGAUAUUGUAAAGACUAUCAGAAUUUGAACGCAUUUUUCGCUAUAAUAAUGGGUUUAUCGAACGUAUCGGUCAGCCGACUGUCCCAAACGUGGGAACGAUUGCCCAACAAAAUCAAACGCCAAUUCAGUCAAUACGAGUCGCUAAUUGAUCCGUCGAGAAACCAUAGACGCUAUAGGAUAAUGGUUGCGAAGAUGACCCCACCGUUGAUACCGUUUAUGCCAUUAAUGCUCAAAGACAUUACGUUCGCACACGAAGGCAACAAGACAUACAUCGAACAGGGAUUAGUUAACUUCGAGAAAAUGCACAUGAUAGCCCAGACAUUGCGAACGAUACGCGACUGUAAGUCAGGUGUUGUCAGUCUUGAACAGCCGCCACAGCAACAGUCGUCGAUGUCGCUGAAGAAGACGUUGCAGACGACGACAGGGUCGGCCACAUCAACGACGACAACAUCCCAGCAGUCAAUACAGCAGUACAUCCAAGAUAUCAAAGUAAUCGAUAAUAUGAGACGAUUGACACAACUGUCCCAUUCGAUUGAACACCGAAAACUAUAGGUUAGGGUUUACCACCUCCUAUUUAGACCCUACCCUAACAUCCCUGUCCUCCCGUAAACUAUGAUAGGAUGGGAGAGUGUUGUGUGGGGGUGGGGGUUAACAACCCUUUAGACCCUAACAUCCCUGUCCUCCCGUAAACUAUGAUAGGAUGGGAGAGUGUGGUGGAGGUGAGGGAUUAACAACCCUUUAGAUCCUAUCCUAACAUUCCUGUCCUCCCAAACAUCAAACAUUGAAUCCAUUAAAACAUUUUACAUUAAAUCGUAACAAUAAUAAGUGAUUUUUUAAAUUAUACACACAUUUCUAUAU